GGCAGAGGAGGCAGCAGCGGCAGCACCAGCAACACCGGGAUGGCCGCGGCCGCCGCCGCCGAGCAGGCUUCCAGCUACAGUUUUAUUCUGAGCAUUAGUGAAGAGGAAGCCAGGGUGAAGGCUCUGAACGAGUACCUGAGCACUCGUAGUUAUAUCCAGGGGUUCACAUUUUCACAUGCAGAUGUGGAGGUAUUCAGAAAGUUUUCGGGGCCACCUGUGGACCAGUAUAUCCAUGUUGUCCGGUGGUACAGACACAUAGAAGCAAUCUAUGAUGGCAGCAGUGAAAAAAAUGAGCCUUGUAAACUUCAAACAAGUAAAGGCAAACGUGUGCAGCCCCCCUGGUCUCCCCCCGAAGGGACAAAGCAUUCUGGGCUCUGCCUCUAUAACAGCCUGACCCGUAAUAAGGAAAUAUUUCAACCUCAGAAUGGAAAAAAGGUCUUGUGGUAUUGCUGUGGUCCAACAGUUUAUGAUGCUUCUCACAUGGGACAUGCCAGGUCAUACAUCUCAUUUGAUAUCUUGAGGAGAAUCCUGAGGGAUUAUUUUAAAUAUGAAAUUUUCUAUUGUAUGAAUAUUACAGAUAUUGAUGAUAAGAUCAUCAAGAGAGCAAGACAAAAUUACCUUUUUGAACAGUAUAGAGAGAAAAAAGCAGCUCCAGAUCAGCUACUUGAAGAUGUUAAAACUGCCUCAGAGCUCUUUUUAGUUAAACUAAAUGAGACAACAGACCCAGAUAAAAAGCAAAUGUUGGAAAGAAUUCAGAAUGCUGUGAGGUCUGCUUUUGACCCCCUACAAGAAGCUGUGCAAGCAAAACUUCCUGCAGAAGAGAUCAACAACUGUCAUCAGAAACUGUUGGAAGAAGCCAAAGAUUUGCUGUCUGACUGGCUGGACACAAAAUUUGGCAGUCAAGUGACUGACAAUUCCAUAUUCUCAAAACUUCCCAAAUUUUGGGAAGGGGAAUUUCAUAAAGAUAUGGAAGCGCUCAAUGUUUUACCUCCAGAUGUUUUAACACGGGUUAGUGAAUACGUGCCAGAAAUUGUGGAUUUUGUGAAAAAGAUUGUGGAUAAUGGUUAUGGGUAUGUGUCCAAUGGAUCUGUAUACUUUGAUACUAUGAAGUUUGAUUCCAGUGAAAAACACUCCUAUGCUAAGUUGGUUCCUGAAGCUGUAGGUGAUCAAAAAGCUCUUCAAGAGGGUGAAGGUGACCUGAGCAUCUCAGCUGAUCGCUUAAGUGAGAAGCGUUCUCCAAAUGAUUUUGCUCUGUGGAAAUCCUCCAAGCCAGGAGAGCCCUCGUGGGACUCUCCCUGGGGAAAGGGUCGUCCUGGCUGGCACAUUGAAUGUUCUGCAAUGGCUGGAUCCCUUCUAGGAGAGUCAAUGGAUAUUCACGGGGGAGGGUUUGACCUCCGAUUUCCCCACCAUGACAAUGAACUGGCACAGUCUGAGGCAUAUUUUGAAAACGAUCACUGGGUUCGGUAUUUUCUGCAUACUGGCCACUUAACAAUUGCAGGCUGUAAAAUGUCCAAAUCUUUGAAGAAUUUUAUCACCAUAAAAGAUGCACUGAAGAAACAUACAGCACGACAGUUACGAUUGGCUUUCCUGAUGCACUCUUGGAAGGAUACUCUGGAUUAUUCCAGCAAUACCAUGGAGUCAGCUAUCCAGUAUGAGAAGUUCAUGAAUGAAUUCUUUUUAAAUGUGAAGGAUAUUCUUCGGACUCCCUCUGAUGUGACAGGCCAGUUUCAGAAAUGGGAAAGCCAGGAAACAGAGCUAAACAGAAAUUUUUAUGACAAGAAGGCAGCAAUUCAUGAAGCACUGUGUGACAACAUUGACACUCGCUCUGUCUUGGAGGAAAUGCGUUCCUUAGUCAGUCAGAGUAACUCCUAUAUUGCUGCCAAGAAAUCUUCCAGACAAAUGCCAAACAGACUUCUGUUGGAAAACAUCAGUUCCUAUCUCACUCAGAUGCUAAAGAUUUUUGGAGCCAUAGAAAGUGAUGACACGAUUGGUUUUCCUGUUGGAGGGAGCAGUCAAAAUAUAAAUAUUGAAUCUACAGUGAUGCCAUACCUCCAAGUUCUUUCUGAGUUCAGAGAAGGGGUGCGACAAAUUGCCAGAGAAAAGAAAGUGACUGAAGUGCUGCAGUUGAGUGAUGCUCUGCGAGAUGAUGUCCUCCCUGAGCUUGGUGUUCGAUUUGAAGAUCAUGAAGGCCUUCCAACUGUGGUUAAAUUAGUGGAUAAGGACACGUUAAUGAAAGAAAGAGAAGAAAAGAAAAAGAUUGAAGAAGAGAAAAGAAGGAAGAAAGAAGAAGCAGCCAGGAAAAAACAAGAGCAGGAAGCAGCAAAACUGGCAAAAAUGAAGAUUCCACCACAUGAAAUGUUUAAAUUGGAACAUGACAAAUAUUCCAUGUUUGAUGAAAAUGGAUUCCCCACCCAUGAUACAGAAGGCAAAGAACUCAGCAAAGGACAAAUUAAGAAGCUAAAGAAACUUUAUGAAACACAAGAGAAGCUUCAUAAGGAAUAUCUCCAAAUGGUUCAGAAUGGAAGUGCAAAUUGAGAACAGGAGGACUUGAGAAGGCAAGUGCUGGGACACCAUGGAGGAAGUGAGCACAGACUGAUGCUCAGGUUUCUGUUUACACUUUCUAUUAUGUGCAAAGUAAAAAUCCUGGUUACAUGGAUUCAUAAACCUCAUCUGGAAUGUCAAUAAAAAUCUCUUCUUAAAAGAAGCCAACCGGUAAGAAGUUCCUUUACAGGUUGAGCAGGUUGAGUGCUUGUCCCUGCUUUUGGGCAAGAUACUGCUCAGUCAGCAAACCCAAAUAAGGAUUCUUUUAUAUUAUAGUUGCUCAGGCUUGGGUUAAUUUUUCCUGCACAUUGGUAUCUAUCUAAAACCUACUAUAGCUUGCAUUCUGGGAUAUGUCACACUCAGCAAAAUUUAGUGCUAAAUGGGAGCUGAGUAAUUUGUCCCACAAUAAGAAUGGUAUUUUUCUGAUGACUUUAUCUUUACAUAAGCAGGAAAAACUGUUUUAUUCCACUGUGAUAUUUACUCUAGCUGCUGUUAUUAAAAACUCUCCUAAGUAUACCCAGAGCACUUUGCACAGCAGAAGCAAACAGUCCCUGUGUUACAAAAGGGAGGAAGUCACCAUCUUUUCCCAACCUGCAGCUGAGCUUACCCAGGCAAGUGGGUAACUCCAAGGCAAAUGUAGCUGCACUGAACAAACAGGUGGGAAAAGCAUGAAGGAGGAUGGUUGUGUUCAUGGAUCUAUCCCCAAAAAACAGGAAUCCUACCAAAGUACUUGAUUACUCAAAGUACUCAGUACCUAAUUAUCUGUUCAGAGCCAAGGGGAAUUAACAGAGGGUUUGUAAUUGAGAUACAGUUUGUGGAUUGGUUUGCAAUUAGGCAGCACAGCUCUGCACUGCUCAUUAUCAUGGUUUUAACAUCACAAUUUAACCCUGGGUUAAUAAUCUUUCUGAUGUAGUUGGUUACAUUCUGUUUGCAAGGACAGUUCUCUGUUGCCUAACACUGCAUCUCACUGGCAGGAGCUACUACAUGAAGUAAAGCUCAUGAAAUCUUGAAAAAUAUCUUGCCUGCUUCCCAAGUGCAUAUACCAGCUGAAUGUCCACUGUGCAGAACUAUAUUAAUCUAGUAUUUUUAAUCCUCAGGGAGACUUGCAGAAGGUCACACUGUGAGACCUCUGUUCUCUCAACUCUUAGGUUCAUGCUGUAAUAGUCAGGCUAUGUUCCUCUCCUUAAACAUAAGAGUUAAAUUAUCUUUGGGGUUUUUUUUUGUUGUGUUUUUUUUUUUUUACUUCUAUUACUCCUUUCAAGGAAUGAAGACACCUGGAGUUACAGAAAGGUCUAGUAGGGUUUUUGUAGUUUGUGUUUGCUUUUGAAAACUUACAUGAUGUUAAGGUCAGUAAAGCAGAUGCAUCUUGUAUGCAGAAAAUAAAAUAUGUUGUGAAGUAUAAA